GAUUGUGAAUAAGCAAGAGAUUGAGAGAGAGAGAGAGAGUUUGGAAGAGAAAUGGAGAAGAAAAGCAUACCCAACAACAAAGUGCACUGUCUGGUGUUGCCAUAUCCAGCAGCUGUAGGCCAUAUCAAUCCCAUGCUUCAGUUCUCCAAGCUCUUGCAACAUGAAGGGGUGAGAGUAACACUGGUCACAACCCAUUUCCACUGCAAGAGCAAGCAAGAAUUGCCACCUUACAUUUCACUAGAGGCAAUUUCUGAUGGGUUUGACAGUGGGGGAUUUGAAGAAGCAGGAAAGAGCUUCAAGGCCUAUUUAGAUCGCUUUUGGCAAGAAGGGCCAAGGACUCUUGCAGAGCUUAUUGAGAAGCUUGGUAGAACAGAGUACCCUGUUGAUUGUGUUAUCUAUGAUGCUUUAUUGCCUUGGGCCUUGGAUGUUGCAAAGAGAUUUGGAAUUAUGGGGGUUGCUUUCUUCACUCAAAACCUUUCUGUGAAUAGCAUAUACUACCAUGUCCACUUGGGAAAUCUGCAUGCUCCUCUCACUGAGGAAGAUAUUUUUCUACCAGGGCUUCCCAAACUUCAGCAUCAGGACAUGCCUUCUUUCUUCUUCAUGAAAAUUGCAGAAGAUCCUGUUCUACUUGAGUUAGUAGUGGCUCAGUUUUCUAACAUUGACAAAGCUGAUUGGAUCCUCUGCAAUUCCUUCUACGAGUUGGACAAAGAGGUAACUGAUUGGACGAUGAAGACUUUGCCCAAAUUUAGGACCAUAGGACCUUCCAUCCCAUCCAUGUUCUUAGGAAAGGAAAUUAAAGAUGAUGAAGAUUAUGGUGUUGCAAAGUUCACAAGUGAAGAUUACAUGGCAUGGUUAAAUGAUAGGCCAAAAGGGUCUGUUGUGUACGUUUGUUUUGGAAGUUACGGAGCACUCAAUGAGGAGCAAACAGAGGAAAUAGCUUGUGGUUUGAGAGAAAGUGGAAGUUACUUCUUAUGGGUAGUCAGAGACUCUGAACAGAGUAAGAUCCCAAAAGACUUUGAAAAGAAAUCAGAGAAAGGCUUUGUAGUGACAUGGUGCUCCCAGCUAAAAGUUCUAGCACAUGAGGCUAUUGGGUGCUUUAUAACACAUUGUGGAUGGAACUCUAUAUUGGAAGCUUUGAGCUUAGGAGUUCCAACUAUUGCAAUGCAACGUUGGUCAGACCAAUGCACCAAUGCCAAGCUUAUUGUAGAUGUUUGGAAAACUGGAAUUAGAGCACCACUUGAUGAGAGGGGUAUUGUGAGAAGAGAUGCAUUGAAGCAUUGUAUAUUUGAAAUAAUGGAGAGUGAGAAAGGAAAAGAGAUUAAGAGCAAUGCCAUGGAAUGGAAGAAUUUGGCUGCAGCAGCUGUUAGCAAAGGUGGAAGUUCUCAUAAAUACAUCACAGAAUUUGUGGAUAGCUUGUUUCAUUUAAAGCAAAUUGCCCUGAUUCAUAAUUCACAAAUUAAUUCUAGCUCAACUGAAGUCGUACGGAAAAAAAAUUAAAACUCUUUCCAAAAGAGCUAAACUCACUAAAACGUGGAUGUUCCCAACUUAAAUAAAAUUAUUUUUUGUGGAGUAUAUACCAACGUGGCAGUGGUAGACCCAAAAAAUAAUUUUAAAAAUUAGUAAUUGUUUCUUUUAAAUGAAGUCAUUACUUCCCAUGUCAUUAUUUUGCAGCUUCUUAGAAUAGUGCUAAGAACCUUGUAGAGCAUCUCCAAUGCUAGUUCUUAUUUCUUAGUUCUUAGCAGUACUAUUCAUGUGGGCCCGUACUGCCACAUGUGCUUAAGCAACUCUAUGCACAUUUUGCUCCAA